CACUGUCAAGACCGCCCGCGGGACACUCGGAUACGGAGUCUCCUCUGUCAGGCCGCCCGCGGGGCACUCUGAGAGGGCUUCUGGGGCCCAGUGCUUAGCCAGAAGCUGAGUCGUCCUGACGGCCACCGAGAGGAUGCGGCUCCUCCCCAACAGCCAUGAGGACAUGUAAUCUUACUGGACAGCUGAGGAAAGUCAGACUCAGGCAAACUGUCCUCCUCUAAACUCGUCCGCAGCACAGCCUGGCAUUUCCAGAGUGACUGUGGGCCCCGACGACUGACCACCCACUAGCCGCCCUGCCCACGCGGAAGCCCGUUUCCCUCACACCCAACAAUUCUUAGGAUGCCCUCGGCUCCCGGAAGAGGAACUUCCUGCGGGUAAAGGGCAGUAUCGACGCGGCCUCUCAUUGGUCGCCGAUGCCAGGGCGGUACCCUCCACCUUGCCACGCGCUGAUUGGCUGUGCGUCGCUAACCGUCGAUAUUUGAAUGUGCGGGCGGGGAGCUGCGGACCGCUAUCGCGGACUGAUAGAGCUGCUGCGGCGGGGUUCGUCUUGACCUGUUUCUCCGACGCUGCUGUCUGACGCGGAGCAGACGCGGCGCUUCUCUGUCGUGGUGGGCGGCGGCGCGGGCUCAGCGCUCAGCAGCAGCGGGCAGAAUGAGUCUGCAUAUCUUAAAUGACGAAAAUAUCACCAGUGAAAAAAGUAUAGACAACUGUGACUUCCUGUUUUCACAACCAGAAGUUACUGGGAGAUCCUCUGUCCUUCGUCUGUCACAAAAAGAAAAUGUGCCACCCAAGAACCAGGCUAAAGCUGCAAAGGUGACUUUUCAGACGCCUCUGAGGGAUCCACAAACACACAAGAUCUUAAGUCCUAGUAUGACCAGCAAACUUGAGGCUCCUUUUCCUCUGGAUGACAAUGUUGGAUUAGAAAACUAUCAUUAUGUCUGGUUACAGAAAGAGAACCAACAGUUCACCAAGGAAGCAGACACCAGAAUUACCAAUGGAAUUCAUCAACAAACAGUGGCUAAUAUUGAUCUUCUGCCAGGGAACACAAACUCAGCCUUUGAAGACAACAGCUCCAGCAAGCAUGAGUCAACCCCACUAGCUGACAUCAGUUUUUCAGGCUCUUCUCAGUGCCCAGAAAAUCUUGAAAAUCAGGUGGCCUCUCCAGGACAAAUGUCUGUCAGACCUGGUCAAGCCUUGAAGGAAAACAGUUCUGUGACCCUAGAACAUCCUCCUGUGACAGUAUCCCAACACAAAGCAGAGACUCCUGGAGCCUCAGAAGAAAGCUCACCCCUAGCUGCCUUACUAGUUGUUUCACCUGGUCGAAGCCCUGAUGCACAAACAGGAAUGCCCUCCACAGAUCAGGCUGGUGAGGCACCAGCCUGCUCUGAGCUUGUGGGUACUCUUGUGCCAGCAACAGGGACCCAGCCCCCUCCCCAUUUGCAAACUGAAAAUUUAGCUCCAAUUGGCCCUGUACAGAACAGUGAGGCCACAGACCCAAGUACUCAGGAAGAAGAGGCCACUGGCAAAAUGGCCAUCCAUUCAAAGUUUGACUUCUCUGAUGAUACCACUAACAAAAGAGUGCCUAUACCAAGGAAACUGGGAGGGAGUCCUCACCUGGAAAAAUCAGAGGCCAACCAGGAGCAAACCUUCAAAGAGGCAAAAGAGAGAGAUGGGACCACAGAGAGAAAUGAGUGUUCCCAGCCUGCUUCCUGGGGCUCUUACCACCUUGACUGGGACAAGCUGGAGGACCCAAACUUCAACCCUUUUGGAGGUGGCACCAGGUCUGAUGGCAAAGAGACCCAGCCCCCAGAAAGCCCCAAGAACAUGUUGGCCCUCCCUGUUGCUGAGCAGCUGAGUGCUGAGCCUGCAAAUACGGAGAAUUCUCCUGAAAGUCAGCAGUAUCCUUUAGCCACAGUGGAUGAGACACCUGUGGUGCAGAUGGCAGCUGAGACUACAAGACCAGAGGACAAGCUACAGGAGGCAACCUUGAAUUCCUCAGGCACCUCAGCUCCUGUAAGUGAACAAACAGCCCCACCUACUGAUCCAGUGCCUGAGUCUGCUCAGCAGGAACUAAAGCCUACCUUGGACCUGAAGGAGGAAAGCUUCCGAGACCCAAAAGAGGUUCUAGGUACAUGUGCUGAGAUGGAUUAUCUGGAGCAGUUUGGAACUUCCUCGUUUAAGGAGUCAGCCUUGAGGAAACAGUCCUUGUACUUGAAAUUCGAUCCUCUCCUGAAAGACAGUCCGCUGCGGCCUGUGCCUCUGGUGACAAACAGUGUGCAGAAUGCAGAUGAGCCUUCUUCAGGAAAUCCACCAGAAGCCAAGCUUGUGGAAUUGGAUUUCUUGGGAUCUCUGGAGGUUCCUGCAGCAGGUCCACCCCCAUGUGUCCUUGAACCUGGAAGUCUACUGCCUGCUGAGCCUAUUGUGGAUGUGUUGCAAUAUAGCCAGAGGGACCUAGAUGCAGCGGUGAAUGUCACACAGCAGGAGAACCUGGAGCUGAGAAGCAGGUGUGAGGAGCUACACAUGAAGUACCUGGAGAUGGGGAAGAUUGUGGAUGGGUUUGAGGUCAUCGUGUACCAGUCAAUGGAGGAGGCGCAGAAACAGAAGGAACUUGCCCAAACGAAAAUCCAGAAGGUUCUCAAAGAGAGAGACCAACUUACUGCAGACCUGAACUCCAUGGAGAAGUCCUUCUCUGACCUCUUUAAGCGAUUCGAGAAGCAAAAGGAGGUGAUUGAAGGCUACCGCAAGAAUGAAGACUCGCUAAAGAAGUGUGUUGAAGAGUACAUAGUGAGGAUUGAAAAGGAGAGCCAGAGGUACCAGGCACUGAAAGCCCAUGCAGAAGAGAAACUCAAGCUGGCAAAUGAAGAGAUCACUCAGGUACGCAGCAAAGCCCAAGCAGAGGCCUUGGCCUUCCAGGCAAGCCUGAGGAAAGCACAGAUGCAGAUCCACUCACUGGAAAAGACUGUGGAGCAAAAGACUAAAGAAAAUGAGGAGCUGACUAGGAUCUGUGAUGACCUCAUCUCCAAGAUGGAGAAGAUCUGACCAGAUCCCAUGGCUACCUACAACCCUCACAUGCCAUCUCUGUCUUGUCCAUUUCUCUGUCGUGAAUCUCUGUCUGAUGUCUUUUGUGUUCUUUUAACUUCAUUUCUGAAUAAACUUUAAUUUCAAAUGCUUUA